AGGCAGGAACUCUAAAGUCGAGGCACACGGUUUGACGCCGGAAGGGAAAAGCAAAUGGAGCGGCACCGGAAGCGUGGCGAACCGGGAGCGAAAGGGCGGCGGACCCGAGCGGAAACCUUACGCGUCCUCCCAGAAGGGGAGCGGCACGCUUGUGGCAGGUGGAAUUCGUGAAGCAUCAUUGGGAGUCCAGGGAGAAAGUCACAUUCGGACUUUUUUUUUUUUUUAAACCAUGGUUUUGGUUUGGGGUCACAAAUUGCUGAAUGGCACUUACGUUCUAGGAAAAUGCCUGAAGCCAAAUGCCACCUUGCAUCCUUUUUGGGGAAUUCACUUUGCCAACUAUUGUUCCAAUAGUCCUAAUAAACCAGUGAUUAUUCAUGACAGAGUUUCCCAACAGAGGAAGACUGCAGAGGGUUUGCAAGUACAACCCCCCAAAGACGUUGCUGUGGAUAGAACUUCUCCUGAAGAGAAGACUGAGAUUAACUUUGACAAAGCAAUUAAAGAUGAAAUGAAGAGCCAUUUCAAGCUUUUGAAAGAUGAAAUCAUGAAUAACUGGGUAGGACCGGGAGGCCGUCCCCUGCAUGAAGUCAUGCUGGAGCAAGCCAAGGUUGUCUGGCAAUUCCGUGGAAGAGAAGAUUUAGAUAAAUGGGUAGUGACUUCUGAUAAGUUGAUUGGAGGCAGAAGUGAAGUCUUCUUAAAAAUGGGCAAGAACAACCAGAGUGCACUCUUCUAUGGAACUCUGAGCUCCGAGGCGCCUCGCGAUGGGGACAGUAGCCAAAGUGGGUUCUGCACGAUGAUGUCCAGUAUUCCAAGGGGUGCUUUUGCGAGGAAGCAACCUCAUGACUGGUCCGGCUUCAACACCCUGUAUCUCCGCAUCCGCGGGGAUGGACGGCCUUGGAUGGUGAAUAUCAGGCAGGACACAGACUUUAUCCAGAGGAGUAAUCAGAUGUACAGUUACUUCAUGUUCACCCGUGGGGGGCCCUACUGGCAGGAGGUCAAGAUUCCUUUUUCCAAAUUUUUCUUCUCAAAUAAAGGAAGAAUCCGGGAUGUCCAGACCCCAGUUAUGCUGGACAAGAUCGCAUCUUUAGGAUUUACCCUGAGUGAUAAAGUGGAUGGUCCCUUCUUCCUGGAAAUAGAUUUUAUUGGCGUGUUUAAAGACCCGACACAUACAGAAGAAUUUGCCUAUGAAAAUUCUCCAGAAAUUAGCCCAAGACUAUUUAAGUAGAGAUGAGCACGUGACCGCUUUGUCUUUUGGGUAGUAAGUAUAUCUGUACAACACAGAUAAAAUAUAUCUGCUUUUUACUUUUCUUGUGGCUGGGGUUUGAACCAGGACCUUGUGCUCUAUCACUAAGCAAGUACUCUUAUCACUAAGCCCAAAAUAAAGCAUUUAACAGCAUCCAAUGAAUGGUGGGAUGUAGUCUUAAGACAGGGCACAAUGGUGUUGCUAAGAGAAAGCAGAAGAGCCUGAAGCCAGGUUCUGAGCUCUGCCUUUGCUCAUAAAAUGAAGGUACUGAUGGAGAAGUACCAUGCAAAUAACUUUUGUCAGAAAAGUUUCUAUUAGGAAUCUGGCCAGGCUCUUUGCAGUCUUCUACCACUCUUCAUGAUAGCCAUGAGGUAUCCAUAGAGAGCUUGUCCUUGGGGCUGGAGGCAAGGUGCACUUGGUAGAGCACCAGCCAGUGAGCACAAUGUUAGGUGCCGAGUCCCAAUCUAACGACAACAAAAAUCCUUUCUAGUUCUUAUUUCUGGUGACUUCACUAACAACUAGAAAAACUAAAGAUAUUAGAUGUCUGGCCCUAAUACCUCCUCGGUCAUUUAAGAUAUUAGAGAUUGGAUAAGCCAAAAAUAAGACCUUGAUUUGAUAACCAAUUGAAUUUGAUCAGUUCUUCCAUGUUAGACAAAGGGGUACAAACAUUGUUACAUUAAGUACUUGAAGAAAGCCCAAAUCACAAGUAAGCAAGAGACACAUCGCCAGCCUUGUUUAACAGUUUCAUUGAGCUAUAAUAUACACAGCAUAUUAAAUUUUGCAAUCAUUA